CAUUUCCACUUCUUUUAGCACAGUUCUUAAAUUUUAUUCUCUUUAAUUGCUUUGAGCCUUCCUCAAUGGAGUCACGCUUCUCACUCAUUUUUUCUUUACUCUUCCUUGCAGUUGCUAUUAGUCAUGCUAAUCUCUCGCCCGAACAGUAUUGGAGUUCUGUUUUACCGAACACUUCGAUGCCAAAAGCCAUUAAAGAUCUCCUCAAUUCUGACCUUCUAGAAGGCAAAAGUACUUCGGUGAUUGUCGGCAAAGGAGGCGUAAACGUCAACACCGGGAAGGGGAAGGCCGGAGGCACCUCCGUUAACGUCCACGCUCCAAAAGGGAAGACCGGAGGCACUUCCGUUAACGUUGGCAAAGGCGGGGUUAACGUCCACGCUCCAAAAGCGAAGCCCGGAGGAGGCACCUCCGUUAACGUCGGGAAAGGAGGCGUCAACGUCCACACCGGUCACAAAGGGAAGCCAGUUUACGUCGGAGUUAAGCCAGGCUAUAAUCCCUUCAAUUACAUCUACGCAGCCAAAGAAACCCAACUUCACGACGACCCAAAUACCGCCCUGUUCUUUCUGGAAAACAAACUCCGGCCCGGUUCAAAGCUGACCCUUCAUUUCCCCAAACCAACUUCCCCGGCCACGUCCACUUUCUUGCCACGUGAAGUAGCCAAAACCGUUCCCUUCUCAUCCCAAAAACUCCCCCAAAUCCUCGACCGGUUCUCAGUUAAACCCACGAGUUUUUCGGCCCAGCUGAUCCGGAACGCCGUCGAGGAAUGCGAGGCGCCUGGCAUCGCCGGCGAGGAUAAGUACUGCGCCACGUCGUUGGAGUCGAUGGUGGAUUUCAGCACCUCUAGGUUGGGGAAGGAGGUGGUGUUGGUCUCGACGGAAGUCGAGAAAGAGACGGGUUUGCAGCAGUUUACGGUGGCGAAUUUGGCGAAGAAAUCGUCUCCAGCGACGACGACGGCGGUUGUGUGCCACAAGUUGAGCUAUCCGUACGCAGUGUUUUAUUGCCAUUCCACGCAACACACGCGAGUUUACAAGGUUGGUCUGGUCGGUGCUGACGGGACCAAAGCUGACGCGGUGGCCGUGUGUCAUACCGACACGUCAGCUUGGAACCCAAAGCAUUUGGCCUUUCAAGUGUUGAAGAUCAAGCCAGGGACCGUUCCAGUUUGCCACUUCCUUCCACAAGACCACCUUGUAUGGGUUUCAAAAUACUAGAAAAAAGAAAAAUAAUAAUAAAAAAGCUUACUGUGCUUCUUGUUGGUCCACGUGGCACGUAGUUUAAAAAUAAACCUAAAUUACUUUUCUUGUAAUAUUAUUAGUACUAUGCCACUCAUAUAUUACACUUCUUUUUUCCUUUUUUGGUAGGGGACUUUUGUGUAAUUUGGGAUGUUAGUUAUCUGGUUAAGAAAUUAGUUACUGUGGUAAUAAUCA